CUGGAAAUUAUUUUCACAAGUCAUCGACGAAUGUCCACCUCUGAGACUCUGGUUCUUUUCUUUGUGGUUUUUAAAUUAAUUAAAUUUUUUCACUUCUCGAUUAUGUUUAUUGUAUAUACUUAACGCAUUGAGCAAUGGUGGAUGUUUAGCCAAAAAGACAGAUUAAGACAAGUCCUUCUAAACCGAGAUACAAAGUCGUGGUAUUAAAGGAGCAAAAGGAAUCAAAAAUUCUCACCUCAAGAUGAACUGGACACUUUUAUCACAAGCCACUGGCGCAAUAUUCCUUGUUGCCCUCAGCAGUAUUAGGGUGCACGCCCAGCUAGACCUGGAUCAAAUCCAGACCCAGCUGCCAGAGCAGCUCGUCAAGACGAACCUCAGCUAUGCGGAUGUCAAGGAUUCGGUUCGCAAUAAGUGCAUCCAAGUGGCUGGAGAAGAGGCGGGCAGCCAGGCCUUCGCCGAGAUCGAAACUGGCUUCAUGCACCUCACCGACUGUGCGAAUCACCUGGUCAACUACACGGCCAUUCAGCAGGAGAUCCAGGAGGCGAGUCCCAAGGGCGAGCUCGAUGUGGUCUUCAACAAGUACUGCACGCGGCGGUCGGAGGCCGUGGAGUGCUUUGAUCAGUUCACGGCGAAGCUCUCGCCCUGCCUGGUCAAGGAUGAGCAGGAGGGCCAGGAGGUAAUCAAGCGCAUCAUCGAGAGCCUGCUCAACUUCGUUUGCCACAAGGACGGCGACCAAAUAGCCCUGUUCAUAGCCGAAAAGGGCCCCGAGUGCCUCGCAUCGCAAAAGGAGAACAUCGAGCAGUGCGUGAACAAUACCUUUGGACCGUACCUGAACUUCUCCGGCGGCCUGCAGGACAAUCAGAUCAAAUCGAUACCCAUGCUGACCGUCGGCCAGAAGGAGUGCGACGACAUGCUGGUUCUCCAGGCGUGCGUGGUCAGCAAACUGGAGCAGUGCACUGACAUAACGCCGGCCAAUCUCGUCGAGUCCAUGUUCAACUUUAUCAGGAACCAAACUCUGUGUCGAAACUACCAGAAGUCUCCUCUGGUCGCAGCUGCUGCCGGCGGCGGCGACGGACUCCAAUCGAAUGCCGUCAAUGUAUUAUAUUUAGCCGUAUAUUUCCUUUUCGCAGUGAUUUUUUCUAUCAAAAAAUCUCCUUAGUUUUAAGAUGGAACAGUGAAAGCUUGAUUGAAUCAAAUAUUAUUACCUCGAAUCUCUGAAAAUGUAAAAGCUUAGCUUAGGCAAAAAAUAAUGCAACAUGGCAAUCAUUAUUUUCGAAUGAA